UGUUAUCAGUCAACGACAGCGUCAGCAGCGGCUAUUGGCAGAGCGCAACCUGAUUACGAAUCUGUUCGCCUUUUGUUCGAGGUUUCGAGUCGAGUUUGCGACAGCAGAAAAGCAAUAGCUCAGCCAGCGAUCAAAUGUGGCGCAAGACCCAUUUCAAUAUACAUACCCAAACAUUGUGAAUUCAUGCCAGAGAAUCGUUCUAUAUAGCUCAAAGUUGACCGGAACAAGUCGUAUAAACGUUAAUCUGCAAGUGUGUCAAAAGAUUCUCUUUGUGUCUGUGUGUGUGUGUGUGUAGAAUUUUCGGCUCAAUUCGGUUGUCUCUGUGCGCUGUGCGCUGAACUUCUCAUUGUCGCGUAUUAAAAAACUCAUAAAUUGCACAAGAAGACGAGAAGGCAUAUCAAUAGAUCGUCAUAUACUAUACAACUGCUGCGCUUCAAUAUAUGGCGAAAGGCAGCUGCCUCUGCUGCGCAUUUGUCUACAACUUCGUCGCAGCGACAGUCGACAGGGAAUCUAUGGAAAUACAGAUGAUAACUGUGCCAGCCGCACUACAGAGCUGAAUUCGCCAGGAGCUAAGCAGGCAGAGCAACAAGAGCACUCGAAAUAUAUCUCAAACAUUAUUCCGCAAAUCGACUCAGCUUCAGCUUCAGCAUUGGCAAAAUGAACGCCCCGACAAGGAGCAGACAAAUCUCGCUGCUGCUGCUGCUGCUGGCCGUGUGCCUCGAGUGGCAGAUGGCUGUGGCGCGCACACGUGAUUUGUGCCAGGUGAAGCCCACGACGAGCGGCCUGUGCGUGCCCACCACGGUGGGCAUCUACUAUGAUGUGGAGACGCAGCGCUGCCACUUCAUGGGCUGCAGCAAUAAGCGACUCUUCGGCUCGCUGGAGGACUGCGAGAAGAUCUGCAAUAAUGCGCGACACGUCAAGCUGCGCAAUAACUCGGCCAACAAAAGCAAUCAAACCACAAAUUGAAUAUAAGCACUAGCAAUAGCACUAGCACUAGCUCUAGUUCUUAUUAACAUCAAUCAUCAUCAGUCAACAACAACAACAACAACAACACUAAUUCGGCCAACAGUUAUCAGACAUCACGACAGGCAUACUCGCAGACGGCCUUGCUGUCGAAACGAUUCUCGUUGCCGCCGCAGCCGCCGUAGAUGAAGGCCUCGCAGCGCCGUUCGAGCGGAUUGUAGGCGUAGCUCUCCACAUAGCCAAAGCAACGACCGCUGACCAUGGGCUGGAGGCACAGCUUGACUGUAACAUGUUGCACAUUAGUUGCCAAUUGAUGGACGGCCAGCUCUUUUAGCCUUACCACGUUUCGAGGCGCCAUCGACGUCACCUAUUUGCAGGAGCAGCACCGGGAUCAACAGCAACAACAGCCGGAGCAACUGCCAUAGCCCAGGCAUUACGUACAACCGACUCGUUCUUGGGUUAACAACUUACUAAGCGCGCUUCGACAAUUGUUUGUUGUUUCUUUCUUCUCUUUUUUUUUCAAAUAUAUCUUUUGCCUAGGCAAGAUUCAACAUUGACCAAUUUAAGUGCCAAGUCGGUCAUAGCAACAGCCAACUCACCUACUUCAUUGCAAAACAAAUGCGAACUGUACUUUUUAAGCAACAAACAUUGUUUGCUCUAGCUUUAGCUUAGAUCAUCUAUUUAUUUUAUACACUACGAUUAGAUUACACUUUAUAUUGAUGUAUAUAGUAUAUAAGGUUCAUAAGUUCUAAUUUGUGGCCAUAUUAGCUUAUAAUAUUAAAUAUCAUGUAUAUAGCAGGUGAUCAGUCUUUUCUUUCAAAUUUGUUCAAAAAAUUGUUUCGCAAUUUUAGCAGAUUUCUUAAGACUAGCUGUAAAAUAUUGCUAUAUUGCUAUACAAUAAUUUUUGUAAAUAUUGUGUAUUUGAGUUGCAUAUUUAUAAUUGUUUUAUAUUUAUAGGCAAAAUAAAUUUUUGUAUUUCUGGGAAUAGUCGCUGACAAUUGCCAGUUUUCAUUGGCUUGCCUAUAGUUCAAGAGUUCAUAAA